AUGUGUAUUCUGGCUCGGUGGGCUCAGAUCCACCUUAGUAAGCCACUAGCGCGUCCCGGGGGCGAAGCCCCCUCCUGGAACCGAAAAUAUAUCGAACUGGCCUCUUCGAGCAUUCCAUUCAUUGCGUCUUUAUGCGUGUUUAGUGUGCCGUUCACUGGACCCCUUUCGCGGUCCUUGGCUGCCAUCAUGGCGAAACUCGCAGACGACCCCCAGAUUCAACAUGCGUCCCUGCACAAUCCCCUCCCGAUUCAAUUGCAUACAUACGUAUGGCCAUUUUUGAUUAUCUGGCCGGCGUUUUUUGCCUUCUACCUGUCCCCUGAGCGCUAUAACACGUACAUUCAGGGUCAGGAGUGGACCUUCGUCUUUGCGGGGUCCAUCAUCACAGCGCAGUCGCUUCUGUGGUUGAUGACCAAAUGGAACAUCAAUAUUAACACUCUGUUCACCACUACCUCCGCCAAGUCUGUCGAUACUGCCCGCCUUAUCAAGGUCAUUCCCAUCACCAACGCCGGUUCCGCCGAGAUCUGCCCUUUAGUCCGUGAGAACGCGGGUGGAAAGAAGACUCUCUCGUUCCUGUUUCAGAAGCGCCGUUUCCUCUUCUACCCCGAGACUCGUACCUUCGCUCCCCUUUCCUACGUCCUCGAUGCGGAGCCCAAGCCCCCCCUCAAGUUCUUCCAGCAGAGCAAGGGUCUUACCACCAAGGCCGAGAUCGACCGCAUCCAGCACCAUUAUGGUGACAACACUUUCGACAUCCCCGUUCCUACCUUCGUCGAGCUCUUCCAGGAGCAUGCGGUGGCACCGUUCUUCGUUUUCCAGGUGUUCUGCGUUGGACUAUGGAUGCUGGACGAAUACUGGUACUACUCGCUGUUUACCCUUUUCAUGCUUGUGGCUUUUGAAAGCACUGUUGUGUGGCAGCGCCAAAGAACCCUCAGCGAGUUCCGUGGAAUGAACAUCAAGCCCUACGAUGUGUGGGUCUACCGGGAGAACAAGUGGUCGGAAAUUACCAGUGAUAAGCUCCUUCCCGGCGAUCUCAUGUCUGUCAGCCGCACCAAGGAGGAUGGCGGAGUUGCCUGUGACAUUCUCCUAAUUGAGGGCAGUGUCAUCGUGAACGAGGCUAUGCUCUCUGGUGAGAGUACCCCGCUUCUGAAGGAAUCUGUUCAGCUUCGCCCAGGUGAUGAUCUGAUUGAGCCGGAAGCUUUGGACAAAAACUCAUUUGUGCACGGUGGUACCAAGGUUCUCCAGAUCACUCACCCUAGCGCCGCCAAUGGAGAUGAUGCCCUGAAAAACCUGGCCGACGGUCUUACCAGUCCUCCCGAUAACGGUGCCAUUGGUGUGGUUGUCAAGACUGGGUUCGAAACCAGUCAAGGUAGCCUCGUGCGCACUAUGAUCUACUCUACCGAGCGUGUCUCUGCCAACAACGUCGAAGCUCUGCUGUUCAUUCUUUUCCUCCUGAUUUUCGCAAUUGCCGCUUCUUGGUACGUGUGGCAGGAGGGUGUUUCCCAGGACCGCAAGCGCUCCAAACUUCUUCUGGAUUGUGUCCUCAUUGUCACGAGUGUCGUACCCCCCGAGCUUCCCAUGGAGCUGAGCUUGGCUGUGAACACCAGUCUUGCUGCCUUGAGCAAGUUUGCUAUCUUCUGUACCGAACCCUUCCGUAUUCCCUUUGCUGGACGCGUGGAUAUUGCUUGCUUCGAUAAAACUGGUACCUUGACUGGCGAAGACCUUCUCGUGGACGGUAUUGCUGGUCUCACUUCGGGACAGGCCGGUGCGACGGUUGAAGCUGAUGGUGCUCACUCUGAUCUGGCAAAGACUGCGACCGUUGGACCCGAAACUACUCUCGUCCUUGCCAGUGCUCAUGCCCUGGUGAAAUUGGAUGAGGGUGACGUGGUGGGUGACCCCAUGGAGAAGGCUACUUUGGAGUGGCUUGGUUGGACUCUUGGCAAGAAGGACGUUUUGACCAGCAAGGGUAAUGCCCCUGUUGUUUUCGAUAGGCCUGUCGAUUCUGUUCAGGUCAAGAGAAGAUUCCAGUUCUCGUCUGCCUUGAAGCGCCAGAGUACCAUCGCGACUAUUACUACCAAGGAGCCUAAGACCUCGAAGAAGAGCAAAGCUACCUUUGUCGGUGUCAAGGGUGCUCCUGAGACGAUCAGCACCAUGCUUACCAAUUUGCCUGAUAACUAUGAAGAGACAUACAAGCACUUCACUCGCAAUGGUGCCCGUGUUCUCGCUCUCGCUUACAAGUACCUCUCCACCGAAUCGGAAAUUUCACAGAACCGCAUCAACAACUACGUUCGCGAGGAUAUUGAGUCCGAUCUGAUCUUCGCUGGUUUCCUUGUUCUCCAGUGUCCCCUGAAGGAAGACGCUAUCAAGUCCGUCCGCAUGCUUAAUGAAAGCAGCCACCGUGUUGUCAUGAUUACCGGCGACAACCCGCUAACUGCUUGCCAUGUUGCCCGUCAGGUUGAGAUUGUCGAUCGUGAGGUAGUGAUUCUUGAUGCCCCCGAGCACGAUACCUCCGGUACGCGGCUUGUCUGGCGCACCAUUGACGACAAGCUUAACAUUGAUGUUGACCCCACCAAGCCUCUGGACCCCGAGAUUCUGAAAACCAAGGAUAUUUGUAUCACUGGUUACGCUCUGGCCAAGUUCAAGGAUCAAAAGGCUUUGCCCGACCUCCUUCGCCACACCUGGGUUUACGCUCGUGUGUCUCCCAAGCAGAAAGAGGAUAUUUUGCUUGGCCUCAAGGAUGCUGGCUACACCACCCUGAUGUGCGGUGAUGGUACCAACGACGUUGGUGCUCUCAAGCAGGCUCACGUUGGUGUUGCUCUUCUGAAUGGAACUCCCGAGGACUUGACCAAGAUUGCCGAGCACUAUCGAACCACCAAGAUGAAGGAGCUCCCGCCCCCCCCUGUUCCUGUGCAGAUUGCCCACCUUUACCCCCCUGGUCCCUCCAACCCCAACUACCUGAAGGCCAUGGAGCGUGAGGCUCAAAAGAAGGGUUCUACUGUCAAGCCCGGCGAAGAGAUCCCUACUAUCACCUCGCCCGGUGCCCAGGCUUUGCAGACGUCCCAGAACCUGACUCCCCAACAGCAGAAACAGAAGCAGGCCCAAGAUGCCGCCGCUGGAUUUGCCGACAAGCUCACGUCUUCUUUGUUGGAGCAGGAGCUCGAUGACAGCGAGCCACCUACAAUCAAGUUGGGUGAUGCUUCUUGUGCUGCGCCGUUCACCAGCAAGCUGGCCAACGUCAUCGCCAUCCCCAACAUUAUCCGCCAGGGCCGUUGCACUUUGGUCGCCACUAUCCAAAUGUACAAGAUUCUUGCCUUGAACUGUCUGAUUAGUGCCUACAGUCUGAGUGUCAUCUACUUGGAUGGUAUCAAAUUUGGUGACGGUCAGGUCACCAUCAGCGUCAAUUGUGCUAACAAUUUCCAGUCGGUCGAGGGUCUGUCCAAGGAACGCCCGCAGCCAAAUAUCUUCAAUGUUUAUAUCAUUGGCUCCGUGCUUGGACAAUUCGCCAUCCACAUUGUCACUUUGAUCUACCUUUCCAGAUAUGUCUAUUCCAUUGAGCCGAGAUCCGAUAACGUCGAUCUCGAGGGCGAGUUUGAGCCAUCCCUUCUGAACAGUGCCAUCUACCUCCUCCAGCUGAUUCAGCAAAUCUCCACCUUCUCAAUCAACUAUCAGGGCCGUCCGUUCCGGGAGUCCAUUCGUGAGAACAAGGCCAUGUACUGGGGUCUGGUCGCCGCCUCUGGCGUUGCCUUCUCUUGCGCCACUGAGUUCGUGCCCGAGAUCAACGAGAAGCUGCGUCUGGUGCCAUUCAGCAACGAGUUCAAGGUCACGCUGACUGUGCUGAUGAUCUUUGAUUAUGGUGGUUGCUGGCUCAUUGAGAAUGUCUUGAAGAACUUUUUCAGUGACUUCCGUCCUAAGGACAUCGCUGUCCGUCGCCCUGACCAGCUCCUCCGUGAGAGUGAGCGUAAGGCGAAGGAGCUGCAGGAGGCCGAGGCUGAGAAAGAGCAGCAAAGAAAGAUUUAA